UUGUUUUUUAAAAAAAUUCUUGCUGUGUUGGAACUAGCGAGUGGUGGAGUCUCUGAAGCCUCAUCAGUCACCGGGACUGUCAGGAAUAGUGGUUUAAGAGGAAGCUCGGCCUGGGGCACUAUACCCUGUCAUCCAGUUCCCUGCCUCGGAGAUAAAGAUUCCAGCUACAUGGGCAAACGCCUGGAUCAGCCACAAAUGUACCCCCAGUACACUUACUACUAUCCUCAUUAUCUCCAAACCAAGCAGUCCUAUGCACCAGCUCCCCACCCCAUGGCUCCUCCCAGCCCCAGCACAAACAGCAGCAGCAACAACAGCAGCAACAACAGCAGCGGGGAACAGUUGAGUAAAACCAACCUGUACAUUCGAGGCCUCCCACCAGGCACCACUGACCAGGACCUAAUCAAGCUGUGCCAACCGUAUGGAAAAAUUGUAUCUACAAAGGCAAUUCUUGACAAAAACACAAAUCAGUGCAAAGGUUACGGUUUUGUAGAUUUUGACAGUCCUGCGGCCGCACAGAAAGCGGUAGCAUCUCUCAAGGCAAAUGGCGUGCAGGCACAGAUGGCUAAGCAACAAGAGCAAGACCCAACAAACCUAUACAUCUCAAAUCUCCCCAUUUCUAUGGAUGAGCAGGAACUUGAGAACAUGCUGAAACCCUUUGGACAUGUCAUUUCCACAAGAAUUCUAAGAGACGCUAAUGGAGUCAGCAGAGGUGUCGGCUUUGCCAGAAUGGAGUCUACUGAAAAAUGUGAAGUGGUAAUUCAACAUUUUAAUGGCAAAUAUCUGAAAACACCACCAGGCAUCCCAGCCCCCAGUGAGCCUUUGCUGUGCAAAUUCGCUGAUGGUGGACAAAAGAAGCGACAGAAUCAAAGCAAAUAUACCCAGAAUGGGAGGCCUUGGCCCAGGGAAGGAGAGGUACUCAGAGGCAGGACUGUCCCUAGGCAAAAUCGUGAAGCUGGCAUGGCUUUGACCUAUGACCCCACAGCUGCCAUACAGAAUGGAUUUUAUUCUUCACCGUACAGUAUUGCAACCAACCGCAUGAUUCCACAGACAUCUAUCACACCAUUCAUUGCUGCUUCCCCUGUCUCCACAUACCAGGUCCAGAGUACUUCAUGGAUGCCUCAUCCGCCAUACGUUAUGCAACCAACAGGUGCUGUGAUUACACCAACCAUGGACCAUCCCAUGUCAAUGCAGCCAGCCAACAUGAUGGGCCCCCUGACACAGCAGAUGAAUCACCUUUCGUUGGGCACAACAGGAACGAUUCAAUCCCAAGACAGGAUUAUGAUACUCCACCAGCUGUUGUGUCAGUAUAUGACUGCUGCUGCUCCUAUGCAAGGGACCUACAUUCCCCAGUACACGCCUGUGCCUCCGACAGCUGUUUCUAUUGAAGGUGUUGUUGCUGAUACCUCUCCCCAGACAGUGGCACCUUCAUCCCAGGACACCAGUGGUCAGCAGCAACAGAUAGCAGUGGACACAUCUAACGAACAUGCACCUGCAUAUUCUUACCAACAGUCUAAACCAUAAACAGGACUGAAGAAUGUCCGUCUGAAUCUUUGCCUUGAAUGAAGAAACUUCAUUGAACAAGAAGUUGGCUUCCAGUUUGCACAGACGUCAAUGGAAUGCAUUUUUUUUUCUUUUUAGUUUUAUACUUUACCCAAUGAAAACAAAGUUUUUAUGUGCUGUGCAAAUGGUCUUCAUGUGGUCUGACAAUUUUUUUUGCCAUCUUUUUUUUAAUUAAAGAAAAAUUUUCCAGAAGAGGAAAAAAAAAAAAAAAAAAAAAAAAAAAAAAAAAAAAAAAAAUCGAAGGUUGAUAUUUUAUCUGGAAGGACAUUUGAAUUGAAUUCAAAAUUUUCCUGAAGGUGUAGAUACAUUUUUUUUAAAAAAACAGAAAACCUGAUGUCAAGAGGUGGGCAAUAGAAAUGGAAACAAAUUGUCUUCCUCAAUAAUUAAGCUACUUUCUCUUUUUCCCUUCUUGUUUAAAUCUAGUGGGUUUUUUUUAUUUUAUUUUUUCUUAGAAAUAUUUAGGUAAGGUUUAUCUUGAAUCUUAAUUGCCUUAAUUUUAAGGACGUCAAAGGCUCUCGAGGCAAGCUGUCAACGUCUUGUUAAAAACAAAAAUCAAGAAAGAAUUGAAAUAUUGUGCCGGCUUUAACUGGUACAGAAGUUUAAGACUGAGUUUUUAGGGUGAAAAAAAAAACUGUAUAGUUUAAAUGAAAAUGUUUUUCUUCAUUUGAAGAAAAUUUGUUGAUAAAGAAACCAUGGCAACUGCAAGAAUUGGAAAAAUGCUGGGACUUUUCAUGAACUUUGUCUUAAGUGUUGACAUGACUCAUUCUAAAAGGCUAAAACAUUUUACAGUAAAGUUAUUAAUGUUGGUUUAAAAACAACUGCAUUAGAAAUAAUGCGUGUUUGGGGGCAGAAUGCAGAUUUUUUUAAUUUACAAAGCGUGAUCGCUAGCAAAAGCAUUAGUGCUUUUUAUCUGCAGUCUUUUUUAUGAGCUUUACAAACUUUUUAGUCAGCUUUGCUUGUCACAUUGCAAAACCUAGCUUAAGAGCAUUAAAAAAAACUUAAGUAGAUAGGAGCUUAUGGUCAAAAAGUGCAAAAAAACAAAAAAAAGCAAUAGAUAGAGAAAUUGUUGACAAUUUCUGUAGUGUUUCCUAGUUGUGAUCAAAUUCAGCCUAUGGAUGGCCUAUUUUAUACCAAAGAUGAAGUGACACCCUAUUACAGUCCAGAAGAUAGAGGUUGUUUUUCUUUUCUUUUUUUUUUUUUAAAAAAAAAAAAAAAAAUUUAUUUGACCGACAUGGCCGGACCAGUUCUUACUUUGUUGUUUGUUUAAACUACCUUCCACUGGUGUUUUACAUACUGCAAAAAAAGAGGGUGGGGGGAAUUGUCUUUCUUUUGUUUAAAUAUAUAUUCAUUGAUAGCAGAAGCUUGCACCUGUGUGUUUAACAGUUUCAGCACGAAGAUUUCUGGAUAUCAGCUGAUAGAGUCAAAAGACUUUAAAUUCUGUGAGCUUUCCUGGUUUCUCACUGGCCGUCUGGAAUAGUGAAACCUUUACUGAUGGCCGCUAGUAAACUAAGAUGCUUAUUUAACAGGCUGAAUGUUCUUUAUAUGAAUUUUCAGCUAACAACACUUUCUGAACCCAGUCUGAAAGGUCACUUGUCAAAAAAGCUUAGUGAUUUUCUGUGAAAUGUUGAGUGGUCUCCUGGAAAGGUCUUACUGUAUUUGUGACAAUAGUCUUCCCUCUAAAUUAUGACACUUCUGGGUUUUGUCUUCUCACCUCUGUCUUUGUCAUCACCUACCAAGAAUAGUCACCUUGGUUUUGCAAAUUGGGAGGGGAUAUCUUCUUUUUGUCUCUUUCCAUUGUAUUUUCAUAUCUUGGUGUUGUCAAAAAAAACUUUUUCUUUCAGAUUAAUUCUUUGAGGCAUGUAAGACUUCUCAAUAAGAUUGAGAAUUCUAUUAGUGGAAUUUAGGGAAGUUAUUAAAAUGCUAGUUGACAAUCAAGAAACUGUAUGAUUUAGAUCAAUCAGAACCAAAAGAAUUAGGUUUGAUCAAUCAUUUAAGCCAAAGGAGGAAUACUUGCAUUUAGAAUGAUGCAAAACUUUGUCUAAAAUGAAUUAAAUUGACUUACCUAUAAAAUAUAUCUACAUUUUUGAUUCAUGAAAUAAUAUGUGUUCAACCUGUAGUUUUAUCUCAAAUUAAGGACAAUGCAAUAGAAUUUUGUUAAGUGAACUAUUCACUAGAUUGCUUUCUGAAUGAAUCCUUUGAAUCAAAUAGGUAAAACUCUUUUCACAAACUCAGUCAGUAACAGGAGCCUGUCUUAGCCCACAAAAAAGAGGAAAAUGUAUUUAAGUAUACUAUAAAACAGGGUAGGCUUUUAAAAACUAAAAAGUUUUAAAGGUAAAUCAUAUUCCCAUUAGGUCAACAUGAGUAAUAAGGCUGACUCAAUAUGAAACUGUCAAUAUUCCACUAUUUAUGUAGACUCUGGUUCUCUUACUUUCAACCCCAUGAAUUAGAAGCUCAAAUCAGAGAAUGACUCCAUAUAUUUAUGGUCACAUUGGAGACAAACGUGUAUCCAAGAAAAUGUGUGUGUUACAGAGAAAUUCCAACUGGUCACACUCACUAUUAUGGUUUUUCAUGCUUUGGAGAAAAUGCUAGAUUUAUAUUGUCUUUUGUUCCAUCCUUCAACUUCCCAUGCGUUGUAAAGGUGGCACUUAAGUUUUUAUCUUUAAAAAAAUGGGCCCCAAAGAUUUUGGGGGGUACAAAAAACGUGUAUGGGAACCAUAUUUUCUGUUUUUCUUUUUCACUCUCUAAACUCUUUGUAUAAACAAGGAUUGUCCUGGACAUAAUUCAUUUGAAUAUGAAACCAACAUACUUUCUUUCAUUUCUGUGAAAAAAGUCAAAAACAUGUAUUAAUGUGAUACAAAGAAAGUCUCAUUUACACAAUCAACAAUGAGGCUAAGAGGUAGCUACCAUGUGGCUGAUGAACGUGCCUAGGUAACUUCCUGUUUCUAUUCAAAACUGCUGCUUUAUUUGUACAUUCAAAAAUAUUUUAUUUCAACUCUGAAACUUCAAUAAUCUCAAUUUUUAAGCCACUUUCUGCAAAAGGAAAUUACCUGCCAUUUUAUGUGUCCAUGUGUGUUUUGUGUUUGGAUAGUUUAUAUCAUGCCAUUCUAUAACAUAUAUGUUUUCAAACCAAAAAAAGAAAAAAAAAAAAGUGUCUGUUGUCUUACCUAAGACUUGUUUUGAAAAGCCAAGUUUGGGAGAGAAAAAAGCAUCAGCAGGUAAGCAGCAUUACAUUGUGUGAUAAUAAACCAAAGUAAGUGUUCAAUAUAUACGGACAGCAGAAUUCAAAUUUAAUCAACAAAAUAUGCUGUAGUGAUUUUAAACCUAAUUAAAACUAUAAUUUUUUUUGAAGUUGAAGUUAAUUUUCUAUGGAUUCUGGUCCACCAGAUUUUCAAGCAUUUAUUCAGAUGUUUCCAUUUUUCCUUUUGACUUGAAUUGCCAAGACUUAGCCUAAACAUCGGGAAACAAACUAAAGCCACAAUCCAAAUGAGAGAAACACAGUCUCAUCUAAACUCUAGUUUCAUGGUCAGUGAAAGAGUAAGUUUUCUUUUAAUAAUGAUAAAAGUGUCGCCAAGGGAGUCCAAGUGUGCAUGGUAACUGGGAACUCCCCAAUAUGUGGCCAUGUCCUCUGAAGACAACGUAAUGAACCCAAGUGAACUGAGGAUAAUACUGGCAGGUGCUGAUGACCAUUGUCCUUGAAUGCUGACAUAUCUUGACUAUUGCGACUGUCAUAAUACUUUUUUAAAAAAAAUCCUCUACCUGACCCUAGUUUUGCCAGGAUUAGUUUGCUUCCUUGGUAGAUUUCAGUAUUUCAGAAUGUUACCUCCAUAUUUCACUUGAGUUACUUCUUCCUGUGACCUUAGCAGAUCUGUCACAUUUGAAAGCAUAUGACUCACUUCCAUCCCCUUCCAAUGAAAAACUACAUGGUGUUAAAAGCACUCCCAUUAGAGAUAAAAGACUGAGAAUUGAAGAACGCUGUGUAAAGCAGGAAGUCCACUUUAUUUUACUAUACCUAAGAAUAUAUCUUUGGACCCCUUGCGAAGUGCUUCAAAACUACUUUCAGUUUAUGUAUGCCCCAAAAAAGCAAUUAGUGUCCCCCCCCAAAAAAAACCCUCUUUAUUUAAAUAAUUGUGAUAUUUGCUAAAUGCCUAUUUUUUUUAUAGUGGCCUAAAAACCCCUAUUAAUGAAAAGUGAAAUUUGAUGUAAUUAGGACUCUUGCAAUCAUCUUCACGAUUGAGGAGAAGUUUCAAUAGGCUGUCUAGACAGAUUAUGAUGUUAAUAGGAGAUUAAAAUACAUUUGGCAAUUCAUUUUCAUUCUUAAUUUCAGUGCAUGAACCACUGCAGAUGAGCUGAUAAGCAGAGAGAGAUUCUCAAGUGGGUUUCAGUAAUAAAUGUUUUCUUUAUGAUUUGAAAUCAAGGGACAAUAUUUAUGUACGUGUAUAACAACAUUCAGCACAUUUGAGGAUUCACCCGCUAUAAUAAAAUUUAAACAUGUCAUAGCACCUUGAUCUAUAUUACUUUCUCUUCAGUAAAAAAUAAAGGAUGAGAUAGUGUCUUCCACGUGAUUGCAGCUGGCAUGCUUCAAAAUUUUGAGCUCACUGGGACUGACAGCCUCUCCCUUCAAUCUGAGGGACUGACAGAAUUUAAACAGGCUCAUUGAUUCUGUACACUGUACCCUUUCUGUGGCACGUGAUCAUGGGAUUUCAUUAAUGAAUCAAUUUGUUUUACAAAUGACAUCCACUGUGGCAUUGGAAGACAGCUGGGUCUGACUCAAGUUUAACAUUUCUUUGCAAACAUUCCUAAGUAUGAAAUUGGUCCUUUCAUCCAAAUGCUCUUGGCCAUGGCUGUCCUUUGCGGAUUACAUAGAGUUCAGGAAAGUAUAAAGAACUAAACACGAAAUCCCGAAGUGGCCCCAAAGACCUUUUAUGAUGUGGGAGACAGGAGUUCACCCCAGAUUAAUUUCUUUUAUCUUUGGCUUUAUACUAUAACAUAUAGAUGCUCUCUGUAGCAAAACAAAAGGGAUGAAUGGCUUUCAGUAUGCAUUUCUGUUUAUUUUUGUGAGGGAAAAUAAUAAGAAAAAUUUCUUCCACUCUGAAAGCUUUAGGGCUGAAGUAGAGGUGUAGUAAGCUUGGAUCUGCAGGAAGAACCACUAGGCCACUGAGUCACACUUGAGCUUGUCUUACUACUGCCCCAGUUUCUGAGUUGUGCAUAAAUACAAUCACUCUUAAAUUUUUGAAGGGCUAAUUAUCUGCUUUGUGGAUGUGUUUUGUCUUUUCUUUUUAGCUUGUAGGCCUUGGGCUCAGUUUUUUAUUUUUCUUUUUAUUAGCAUGUCACCCUGAGGGUGGGAAAAGAAACAAUGGGAAAUACAGUUUGAUUAUUUCUUAUCAAGUAUUAAUUUCUUAAGGGAGUUUGAAAUCAUUGGUAAAAUUAAUGUCCAUACAUUAUAUGCCAUAAAUUUUGAUUAUCAGUAAUAUGUUUUCCUGUCUGCCACAAACAAUUGAGAGUUAGCUGUAUUCUUGCAGAAUAUACAGAAAAAUAGUAUGGAGAAUUUGGCUUCCCUCAGAAGAAAGCUAUUUUCGUUCUCUUCACUCCACUAAAUUUGAACCAGUAGCACGGAUCAACACAACUUCUGCAAUGAGAGUAUAACAGUAGCUCAUGGUUCAGUCCUAUUCCUACUUUUAAAUCUUUGACCAAAACUAAUGCAUUGCUUUUGUUAUAUUUUGACUUUGCAUUACUAUAUUAAGGCUGAAUGACUUUGACACUCCGGUGGAUAUUUUUAUGAUCACAUCAAAUUUAAAUAAUGUCCAAAGUAUAACUUUAACGUUAUACGUUGUUUCAAACUCUCUGGUCUAAGGUUACUGAGAAAGAUGUGCUUUUCUCCCCCCCCAAAUAUGUAAUCUCUUCAUAUGUUAAAAAAAAUGAGUUAUUCCAUGCUUUUCAAGAACUGUAAAAAUUGUUUCAAAGAGACACUUGAAAAAGUUUUCUCUAUUCUGGACACAAAUGCUUCCAUUUAUUUAAAAAGAAGAAUAAAAUUGGAAUCUUAAUUUAAAAUAUAUAUAUGUAGUAGUAUAUGCUAUGAGAUACUCAGUUUCUUAAAAAAAAAAAAAAUGGGACACAGCUUCUUUUAAAACCCUUGUUUCAGUCCAUAUUCAGCUUCAUGGAACUUCUGAAACAUCAUUCAAUUUUGAACUUUAUUUAAGAGGUUUUUGGACUGCUGUCUCUGUCAUGGAAAGUUCUGUAAUUCAAAGGUGUUUCUGGUUUUAUUUUUAAUUUCUUCAUCUGUACCACAGUCAAAUGAACAACCAUCUCCCCCAUCCCUUGGGCUCUCUGUAGAUCAGUGGAUGUUAGGUUUAAACUUCUGUUUUCUUUGAUGAAGCUUUCAAUAAAAAAUGAAAAUAAAAUCAA